GGGGAGGAGCUGAGGGGAAGGAAAGGACUUACUUCAGUCCACAUCUCACAGAACUUUCCACUGUGCCUCAAGCUGGUCAGAGAAGAAGUUUUACCUGUGCACCCCUUCUCUGAGGAUGGACAGUUCUCACGCUACAAAGUCCUGUGUGCUCAUCCUUCUUGUGGCCCUACUGUGUGCAGAAAGAGCUCAGGGGCUGGAGUGCUACAACUGCAAAGAGGUCCCAGUUGGGGCUUCCUGCCCAUCAGUUACCUGCCCCUACACUGGUGGAUUCUGCAUUUAUCAAGAGGUAGAAGUUAUUGUGGACUCCCACAGAAGCAAAGUAAAGAACAGUCUCUGCCUUCCCUUCUGCCCUCCUAAUGUUCAAAGUCCUGAGUACCUCGGUACUACCUUCAAAACGAAUACUUCCUGUUGCCAGGAAGACCUCUGCAAUGCCACAGUUCCCACUGGAGGCAGCACCUGGACCAUGGCAGGGGUGCUUCUGUUCAGCCUGGGCUCAAUCCUCCUGCAGACCUUGCUGUGAUGGCCCUUCCAACGACCCCCACCCUUGUCCUUUGAUCCUCCUGUGUAACCACUGCUUCCUGGAGCCCUCUACUUAUGAGUUAUGAGUUACAGAAGAUCUGAGGUGGGGGUAGAGGGUGGAACACCUUGUUUCAACUUUAUAGCCCUGCUGGGUGGGUGCCCCAGCCCUCUCUAGGGCUUUCAGAUCUGUACUUCCUGGAAGGCCAUCUUGUUGUGGCUUGCUGUUCUUAGCCCUGGAGGCAUGAGGCCAUCACAGGGAAGAGGCAGAAUUCCAAGGUAUUACGCCACCACCAUCUCCACAUAAACAUAUGGGGUCCUGCAGGGUUCCCAUGUAUGCAGCUCAAUGUCCCCUGUUGAGUUCAAUAAACCCUUUAUUCUCUCA